GAUGAGCUCCUACUCCUUCCGAGUUCGAUUCGCUCUCAACCUCAAAGGCUUAAAAUACCACUACGUAGUUGUCACCGCCUCCUCCAAAUCUGACCCUGAGUUCCUCAAGUUGAAUCCUCUUGCUUUAAUUCCCGUUCUGGUGGAUGGCAAUUUUGUUCUUGCUGAAUAUUUAGCCAUUAUUAUGUAUUUAGACGAUAAGUAUCCUCAAUACCCUUUGCUGCCUCAUGACAUUCCCAAAAGAGCACUCAAUUUUCAGGUUGCACAUAUUGUUUUGCAGAAUAACGCCAUUGAGAAAAAGGUUGGCCCUCAUGAAAAACUUCCUUGGGCACAAAGUGUCAUUAGAAAGGGCUUCACAGCACUUGAAAAGCUACUGAAAGAUCACGCAGGGAGAUAUGCCAAUGGAGAUGAAAUUUUCCUAUCUUCAAUAUGUAGUGCAAGAUCACUUGGAGGAUUUUAAUUGGUGUUGCCGUGGAAUAUGUAAUCCGAGAGCCCAUUCCAGAGCAGCCCCGCUGGGAAUGAACACUGAUACAAUUGUUAAGGCCAAGAGUUUUCUUGAUGGUGAUGAAGAUCAGCAUGAAAAAGAUGUGUGUGAGAAGAAUCU